AUGCCAUCACCCCACGACUUGCUGUUAGGAUGUAAACCACAAACGACACUCCCAGGCAGAAAAAGCAUACUGAAGUAUGAACACCCAGAUAAUGAAAUUCACCACAAAGCUAACCAGAGACGUCAACAAAGGCAGGCCGUAUUCUACGACAGAAAGGCUAGCAGCGACAAUAGGCCACUUAGUAACCAGGAACCAGUGUUUCAUGUGAAAGACCUUGAAGGAUAUCUGGCAGCCGGGAACUGUCCUAAAUAGGCCACAGCCAAUGGAGCGCCCUCUAGCUUACAAAGUGGACAUUCAAGGAACAAUCUACCAGAGAACUAGGGAGCACCUGAGACCAAGGAGUCAGAGCGAAGGACAUGUAACCCCUUCAGCCGGCAGUAACUUUCCACUUGCAGUGGCUCCGGUACACAGCUCCAACUACGCACGCAUACCCAACAUCAGGGCAACCAGGCCUCCCCAGUUGGCAGAAGCUAGCCCUAAAGGCAGUACAUUAACACCAGAUCAAUUACCUCAUUCCAAGUUACCUUGCAGGGAGAAGCAAGCUGAUCUUGAACCAGCCGGCACUGUCCCAACCAGUGAAAGAACUGGCCAACCAAAAGCCAAGUUACUAGGGCGGGACACAUCACACGGGUCCCAGCAAAGUUUAAAGAUUAAAUAG